AUUAUCUCUUGCUACAAUGGAAGUAUUAAAAAUGAACUAUUAUUGCCAGUCCUGUCGUCAAAUAAAACGUGCUUGAACUCGUUAUUUUCUUAAAUAAAAUUUAAUAUCUCUUCUAAUACGGCUUUGACAUAUUUUCAAGAGUAGAUAAUUCAGAGAUUACACUGGAAUGGAGGUGUAUACAGCAGGGCUGAUCGUGAUAGGCGAUGAAAUCUUACGCGGACAAAUCGUAGAUACAAAUACAUCAUAUUUGGCACAAAAAUUAAGAGCUACGGGAGUGAAGCUAUGUAAAGUAACAGUGGUACCUGACAUAGUAGAAGAAAUCGCACAAGAAGUUUCUGAGGCAUCCCAAAAAUAUUCCAUUGUGUUUACAUCUGGUGGAGUUGGUCCUACGCACGACGAUGUUACGUACGAAGGGAUUGCGAAAGCAUUGAAAGUAAAACUUGAGUUACAUCAAGAGUUGUUGAAAUUUUACACAGAGUUACUUACUGGAAAGACUGAAAUAGAACGUUUAUCUAUAGUACCAUGUCCUUGCGAUCUUAUCUAUGUUAAUUCAACUGAUGAUUAUGCGGUGAUCAAGAUUUCAAAUAUUUAUGUUCUUCCUGGUUCUCCAAAAUAUUUUAAACCUGCAGUAGAUACAAUUAUGCCUAAAUUAAAGAAAGGUAAUCCAUUACAUUUUGAUUACGUUGAUAUUGAAUCGGAUGAAUUAUCAUUAGUAAAGAUAUUGGAUGAACAAGCACAACGUUGGAAAGGCAAAGUGAAUAUAGGAAGUUAUCCUCAAGGAGAACCAAGUUUUUUGAAUACUUUUGUAAGAAUUACAUUCGAAGGACUUGAAAACGAUGUCAUUAAAGCAAAAGAAGAGUUGAUUUCAUGUAUACCAACUCAUAUCAUUCAAAAUAUAAAAGAAAGAUUUAGUAUCGAACAAGCAGAAGUUGUUAUUAAUAAUAGUAAUAACGAGGAACACGUGCAGUGUGCAAUUGACAUUUUGGAACAAUGCUAUAAUAAAUAUGAUUCGAAUGAAAUUUUUCUAAGUUUCAAUGGUGGGAAGGAUUGUACGGUUGUGUUACAUUUAGCUGCUUGUAUUUGUGCAUUGCGCAAAAUUUCUCCUCCAUUAUGUUUAUACGUAGCAGCUGAUCCAUUUUUAGAGGUGGAAGCAUUUGUAGAAAAAGCAGCUAACUAUUAUGGUUUAGAAUUAAUUAGAAAGGAACCGCCAUUGCGUUUAGCAUUGGAUAAACUUUUGCAUGAUAAAAAUUACUUAAAAGCAAGUCUAAUGGGUAUGAGAAAAGGAGAUCCUGGGUCAGAAAAAUUAAAAACAUUUAGUGUUACCGAUUCAGGAUGGCCAAACAUAAUGAGAGUCAAUCCAAUAUUAUACUGGACGUAUAGUCAAGUGUGGCAAUUUUUAAUUAAACACAAAGUACCAUAUUGUUCAUUAUAUGACAAGGGUUACACAAGUAUUGGCACAAAAACAACAACACUGCCGAAUCCUUUAUUGAAGGAUCCUCAAAAUCCAUCUAAUUAUUUACCAGCGUAUACUUUAAGCGAUGUAUCUGCCGAAAGGCAAGGAAGAGAAUGACAUUGAUAUUUAUUAGUUUCAAUUAUAGUUUCAUAGAGUUUCUUGCUUUUAUCAUUUAUUCAAUAUAUCACGUUUAGUUUCUUCGUGUCAUUUUAUUUCUUAUUACGAGUAUUUGCUUUCCAAUAUUUCGUUAAAAAAAAAAAAAAAGAAAAAAAAAAAAGGAAAA